CCUCCUCCGCGGAUCUCGGCUGCGUCCUCCUCCUCCUCCUCCGCGGAUCUCGGCUGCGUCCUCCUCCGCGGAUCUCGGCUGCGUCCUCCUCCUCCGCGGAUCUCGGCUGCGUCCUCCUCCGCCCCCAGCGCGGGGCGCCCGGCGGCGGGAGACGGAGGUGCCGGGGCGCGGCGGGCACACAAAGGAGCGGGCGCCGCCGUGGGCAGCGGAGAACGUUCCAGAGGCCCUCUGACAUUUAACUCUGAAGCUGGAUAUGCAUUAAACUAUUUGCAUCGCUCUUUAGAAUUGGGGAUAUCUUCAUUGAAACUUGCUGCUUAAAGAAAGUAACAGAAGUUGGGAAAUUCAGGUUCAUGUAACGCUAGGGACCAAAGAAGCACACGUAAUAUUUCUCUGGUGCUGGGAUCAACCUUCUGGAAGAAGACUCUACAAUAACUUUUUGCCUUCAAGUUCUUUGUCCUGGGACUGACUUGUCUUUGGAGAAGAGCUCAUCAGAAAAGAAGAUUUUCACAUUGGAGCCAUUAAAAUUAAACCUGUUCAAAGAACUUACUACCUGCACACAGACUUACAAAGGUUGAGUCCUGCUUUUCAUCUGUGUUCCCACUUCAGACUGUAAACGAUGAGUGAGUUUUGGUUGUGUUUCAACUGCUGCAUUGCAGAACAGCCUCAGCCUAAAAGACGACGGCGGAUUGAUCGAAGCAUGAUUGGGGAGCCGACAAACUUCGUUCACACAGCUCAUGUAGGAUCUGGAGACGUAUUCAGUGGAAUGAAUUCAGUCAGCUCAAUUCAGAAUCAGAUGCAAUCCAAGGGAGGCUAUGGAGGUGGCAUAUCUGCAAAUGUUCAAAUGCAGCUCGUAGAUACAAAGGCAGGAUAACCUUGGGGAUAACUUUCCUGUUUAUGUGAGUUCCUGUAUCUUCUUUCCUGUGUCCUCUCUUUUGCCUUGGUGACUGCUUUCUGUGCUCAUGACAAGAGAAGUGAUGGCUCAUUGUUCACCCUUCGUGAUUAGUCCUGUGAAAAGUUGCUGUUCUGCUCUGAUGAUGCCACUUACCAGAUUGGUCCAACUGUGCCUUUCAGUGGCAUGCACACAUUGGCCUCUACCAGUAUCAUGGACAUAGAGCUUUUCAGGAUUGGUUGUCACUUUUUAGUUGUUCUAAGACAAAUUAAAGUACCGAUCUUAGCUUUCCUCAUUCCUCAGAAAUACUAAUGCACAACAUUCUGUUGCUUUUUAGUCUUCUAAUCUUUUCUCCACUCAAAUAAUUUAGAAAUUAAUGAGUUUCCACUAGUGUCUUCAAUUACCUAAUGUUCAUUGAAUUUUUGAAAGGUCUGAGACCUGUAAGCACAAAUAAUUAUUUCAUACAAAAUCAACAGAGUAGAUGACCGCAUGCUUUGUGAGGUUGCUUUUUAUGGUGGGAUGCUUGGUGCUAAAAGAAAAAAAAAAUAGCUUACUGCAGAUGUGAAAAAUUUUGCUGUGGCACCAAGUCAUGCCUGUUUCUGAAAAAGGACUUGUAACUUAGCUGCUUCAGAGUCAUGUCUUUAUUUUAGUUUUUAUCCAAUUGGUCUUGAAAUAAUAAAGAGAGAGCUUGCAUUCAUGAGGCAUUUGUUGUAAAUGUUCAGUAUAUUUAUUUUGAAAGAGCUGACCUUGAGACUGUAAACCAGUGUAGUACCGUAUCUAAGUGUUGUGGAAUCGCUUUAGUCUAUUUACACAGAAGAGCAACAUCUUUGGCUGCUUCUUUUUCUGUCUACAAUUUUCCUUAAUUUCAACCUGUAUAGUUAUUUCCAGUAGCAGCAUGUCACACUGCCUGCAAUAUUGGCUGAAAAGUUCAGUAGACCUUUCUAUGUAGUUGGCAGUUUCUGUGUACUAAAUAUUUAGGGCCAUGGAAGUUGCUAAGAGCAACAUACUAAUCUGGCAGAACAGGUGCCAAUGAAAACAACAUACAGGGUGACUUUUUACUAAGUCAGUAAAAUGCCUUUUGCUCAGGUUCCAAAGCAUGUUUCUUUCACAUGAUGUGAAACUGCAUUUUAAUAUUGCACUGUUUUCAGAUUAUCUCUAUAAAUGGUCCCUUUUCUUGCUUCUUGGUGGUGAUUUUAGAGAAGUCAAUUAUUUGAGUCCUGGUUACAUUACAUUUUUAUGAGGGAAAAAGACCCAAACCAUCUUAACAAAUAAGGCAUAACUGAUUUUAAUCAAGUCCAUUUCUAUAUGCAAAUAUGCAUGUGGACUAAUGUUCUUUAUUCUGUUUCUGUCCUUUCCCUGAUUUCACAUUGCAGCAGCUGUCUUGUUGACAGCUGUCUGGUUACCUGAUCUUCUCUCUCUGUUUGUAAACAACACAUAAAAUACACAGCUAUGGAGGUAGUUUGCCUUCCCUAGGUUGUAUUUCAAUGGUAGAUGUCACUUAUCUGGUUGAAUAGUUCAAAUUAGGUUGGGUAGUGUUCACUGAUAAAGAUACUGAUUCCUGAUGAGAUGUUAAAUUGUGUGGAUGCAUAAGUGCAUGGCAGUGCAGUGAUACAUAUAUUUUUUAGGGGUUAGCAUUUCCAAUGCCACUUUAACAAUGACUCUUAAAUUUACUACAAAACUAUUACAAAAUUAUUUGAUCUUUGUUAUUGGUAAUAGCAGCUUAAAUUUGCUUGCCAAACCUAUCUUGCACUUGCCAAAAUGUUUUCAGCUCAAUAGCCAGGAAAGAAAUUGACAUAUUUUUAUAACAGACAUACUUUUUUUGUACAUUGUGUUCAUUCUUGAAUAAAGUCAGUUCAGUGUUGGCUUGUAGAUAUUAAAAGGAAAGUAUUGACUUUGAAUCAAUAAAUGUUUUCUUUCAGCUGGUGGCCUAUCCUUUUUCCUUUCCAUAAAUUAUAUUUGCAUUAGAAAAACACUUGAAUCUUACAGACAGAUUUGUGGUGGAAAGAGUAACCUAUUAGUCUGAAUAAAUAAAUUGCAGGCUUGAGUUUUUUUUGUCGCACUUGACCCUUUUGUUGCCAAAUGGAUUAACCUGUAGUUUUAUCAGUAUUAUUGUUGCAUUGAUUUAACAUGUAUGCCAAGGGCUUCUGCAAGGAAGGGAGAAUAUCUCAAAAAUACUUUGGAAAGUUUCCUUUUGACUGCAAGUCAUAUGUGUGUUAACUUUCCUGAUUAUGCUGCAGAUUACUAUGGUGGUCAGUAAAAGACUUGUGACCAUAAUAUGCUCAUCUGCAUUAAAAGUACCUGCAAGGCA